GAUGCGGUUUUCAUUGCACAUAUUGAUGAAAAUAUAUAUAUGUUUUAUUCAUCAAAAAAUAAUGAAGAAAAAAAUUUAAAAUUCAUGAUGAUUAAUGUUCAACAAUGCAAUGUUUCUGAGAAUCGCGCAUCGUAUUUCAUUCAUUUAUUAAUUAAAUUUUUCAUCAACAUCAUGAUGGACAAUAUCAAUAGUUGGCUUUUUGCCCAUCUCAACUUGAACAAGAGAAAAUGACAUAUUCCCAUUGUGUCGGUUAUGAUGAUGAUGAUGAUAAUGAUGAUAAUGAUUGUUUCAGGUUGAAAUUAGCCAUUCAUUUAUGAAACUUAAUCGAAAAAUGUUUUUUCUUCUCAUUACCUCUUUACCUGUAGAUGGAAAACCACAACAAAAAUGUAUAUGCAUAACAACAAUAAUAUACCGCCACAAGCCAAAUAUAUAUCCAAAACGGUUGGUUGUUUCUGAAAUUUUUUCACAAGAAAAAGAAAUAUAAACUACCAUCAACAAUUUUGUUUGUGAAAAUUUAAAUUUUACAAAUUUUUUCUUCUCCAUUAAUUGCCAUCCACAUUUAACCAUCAACGACAAAGUGAAAAAUUGCAAAAGAAAAAAAAUCCUAAUUCUGGUUUGUAAAUUUUCAAACUUCAACAAGUAGUUCAACAUUCCUUUGUGAUUAUGCAUCAUUAGCAAAACGAUAUGGUUUCAUUCAGACGGUCCAUAUAUUCAAGUAGGAAAUUAUUAUUUUACACAAGAAAAAAAUUAAACAAUAAUUAUAUACCACAAAUGACAAUGGUGAUAAUUCUUUCAAUAAUUAUCCAAAAAGGAACGAUUAUUAAGCAAAACAAACAUUUUUCAUUUUCUUAUCUUUCACUACCUGGUUUGAAAAUAUUUUCAUUGGAAUGUGAAACAAUUUCCCUAUUAACAUUUUUUUUUCUUACUUAAUUCAUAAAGCUCAUCAUCAGAAACGUUAUCUGAUCGGAUAUAUUUUUACGAGGUCAAAUUUUUCUUCUUUCACAUUCUGUUUGUUUUGGUCAAUUGUUUUUUUUUUCGGGCCAAAAAAUUGUUUUUUUUUAUUGUUAUUUCGUAAAAUACUUUUGGGCCACACACGUGCAUACACUUGGAAAGCAGAUGAUUUGAAAUUUCAUACGUCAUACGAAAACUAAAAGCUAUAGUAGUGUCAUCCUCUUUUUUUUCAUUCUAUGUAUUGUUUGAAAAAUUGAAAUGAAAAAUAAAAGUGAAAAAAAAUUCAUACAAAUAACACCAACGUUUAGAACAUUUCCCGAACCUAUCAGACCCGAAUGAUGAUGAUGAUGAUCGGCUGACAAUCAGAAAAAAGACUAUGCAAAUGUAAAAGAGAAAAAUUGAGAGUCUCGAAUAACAAAACAACAACAAAAAGUUCUUGUCUUGUAUUUUGAAUCUGAAAAACGGAAAAAGAGUCGGGUAAAUCCUAUUUUUUUUCUUCUUCUGUUGAUGAUAAUGAUGAUCCUUUUGGUGAUGAUGAUGGCGUGAUGUGACGAUCAUCAUCACGAAAACGAAAAAAAAAAUUCGACUUACCGAAUGAAGUUUUUGUGCCCGAAUUCGAUAGAAGAGAGAGAGAGAGAGAGAGAGAGAGAUGAAGAGAAAUUCGAAAAGAAAGUUCUUCGUCAUACCGAGAGAUAAUGAAAUCAUCAUUCGUUGGAUAUAAAAACUUGACCAUCAUUAUGAUUCGGGCACCAUUCGUUCAAUUCAUUCAUUCAUUCAUCAUCAUCAUAUUCGUGUCACACUAGUGUAUCAGUGUUUUUUAAUUUUCGCGUUUUUUGUGUUCACAUCAAUUUUUUUCCCAAACCAAAAAAAAAAAAAAAAAUCUAAACAACAAAAAAAUAUGGCUUCAACCUCAUCAUCAACGUAUCGUACCCGUAUGGCAUCGGGAUUAUUUUUGCUUGCUAUCAUUGUAUUGGAACUUGUAUUGAUUUCCGAUAACAUCACCUCCGUACAAGCUGGUAAAAAGAAGAAGAUCAUGAAAAAACUUAAAGAAAUGUUACCAAUGAUGAUGAUGAUGAUGGGCAAAAAGAAGAUGAUCAUCCCGGUUCCAAUUCCUAUUCCAAUGAAAGAUGAAGGAGGAGAUAGUUACGGAGGUGGUGGCGGUGGGUACGGUGGUGGUGGUGGUGGUGGAUACGGUGGUGGCGGUGGUGGUGGAUACGGUGGUGGCGGCGAUGAUUGCGGAGGUGGAUGUGGUGGCAAAAAAAUUCAACUGACAUUAGAUAUGCCUGAUAUGGGUAUGGGCGGCAUGGAUAAAUUGGGUGGAAUGAUGGAUGGUAUAAAAGAUAUGAUGGGCGAUAUGAUGAACAAAAUGCCCAAAAUGAGCAUGAGUGGUAGUGAUUGCGGCGGUGGUGGUGGUGGUGGAUAUUAAAUAUUUCCACAUUUGCUAAUUGACAGAACGAAUCAAUCACAAAAUAUUCAAGCUCAUUACUAAUGAAUGACGAACACCUCUUAUUUUUCUUUCAUGCUCAUUAUCAUCAUUUUUUGCCAUGCUCAUCAUCAUCAUCAAUAUCAUAGUCCAUCACCAUCAUCAUCAUUAACAUCAUAAUCAUCAUCAUCAUCAUCAACAUUUUCAUUUCAACUAUCAAAUAGCUGGUUUAUUUGAGUCUUAAUUAUUACGCAAAUCAACAAAUCAAAAAAUGUUCAUAUUAACCACAUCACAUGUCUUUGCCGCAUCAAAAUUUUUCCUCUAAUCUUUCUCUUCCCACCCCCUCUAUGUCCCAAUCAAAUUCACUUCUUUCCUUCCUCAUGUUUUUUCUGUCUUCAUUUCAGUGAUUGGAAUGGAGAUGAAGAAGUUCCUAUUUCCUUUUCCUUCUCCUUCUUAUAUUCCCUUUUUUCCUACAGCUUUAUUCCUGUGACCUCGAAUUUUUUCAAGUCUUUAUAGCAAAAAAUGUUCAACAAUUCCUCUUAAUUAUUAAUUAUGAUCAUCAUAAUUACACUCCUUCCGCUUUUUUUUUAUUUCAAAUCUAAAAUCUCAAAUUCUGUGGUAUUUAUCAAUUAUUUUCUUCCAAAUCAUUAUACGAUUCCAAUUGGAAUCUCAAAAUUUCUAGUGCAAUAGUUUCAGAAAAAAUGUGUCAAAAAUUUUGCUUUCCCAUUCCAUAAACAAACGUAGCAGACAAAAACAAAAAAAAAUUAUUCAAAUUUUUAUUCCUUGCCAAAUGUAGUUUUUUUUCUAUAACUCUUCUUCUUCUUCUUCUUCUUCUCCUAUCUAUAUAACUGAAGUUUCAAUUGUCAACAAGUCUAUAAUUACCCUUUUUCCCUUAUUUAUCAAUAUAUAUGGCCUUUAAAAUUUUUUUUUUAUCCAUCUAAUUUCUUUCCCCUCCUCCUAAUUCCUUCUCUUACAAUCUUAAUAACAUAUAUAUCAUUUCAUAUGCUCAUUGCCAUCAUCCACAUUAAUGAUCCAUAAUAUAAAUCCUCAUCAUCAUCGUCAUUGUCAUCAUCAUCAUCAUUCAAUCAUUUCCUGGUUCAUUGUUUUCUUUUCCU